CACCCGCUGCCCGCGCCCGCCGGUCCUUCCAGCGGUCCGGCCCGGAGCCUUGUGUUCAGGCCCCUGGGCUCUUUACUGUCGCCGCAGGUUCCUUCAGGUCUGUGCGUCUAUUACCCCAAGCACUCCGAGGCUAGAGACAGAGGAGAAGCCUGUCCCGAAGCCCUGCAGGACAGGAAAAGGAGACUCUCAACAUGGAAAAACUCAACACUGACAAUGAAGGAAAGCUGGAAAACCAAGAAAAGGUGGAAAACGAAGAACUGCCACCGACUGAGGAAAAGCCAGAAGCCACUGGCUCUCCGGAAAACAAGGAAAAAUUAGGAACAGAAGACAAGGAAACCUUAGGAACAGAGGACAAGGAAAAGUUUGGAAUAGAAAACAAGGAUAAGUUAGGAACAGAGGACAAGGAAAAGUUAGGAAUAGAAGGCAAGGAAAGGUUAGGAACAGAAGACAGAGGAAAGUUAGGAAUGGGAGAGAAGGAAAAGUUAGGAACAGAAGACAAGAGAAAGUUAGGAAUGCAAGGCAAAGGAAAAAUAGGAACAGAAGAUAAAGGAAAGUUAGGGAUGGAAGGCAAGGAAAAAUCAGGAACAGAAGAUAAAGGAAAGUUAGGAAUGGAAGGCAAGGAAAAAUCAGCAACAGAAGACAAGAAAAAGUUAGGAAAUGAGGGAAAGGCAGAAGAGGAAAUGCCAAAGGAUACAGGAAAGGCUGAGGGUGAGGGGAAGCCCAAAGAAAAGCCAGCAGGUGAAACCAAGGCUUCAGCCAAGCGCCCAGCUCAGGAUGAUGUCCCCAGAAAAGCAAAAAGAAAAACUAAUAAAGGGCUGGCUGAGUACCUCAAGGAGUAUAAGGAAGCCAUUCAUGAUAUGCAUUUGAGCAAUGAGGAGAUGAUAAGAGAGUUUGAUGAGAUGGCAAGGGUGGAGGAUGAGGUGAAAAAAUCCAAGCAGAAAUUGGGGGGCUUUAUGUGGAUGCAAAGAAGCUUGCAGAAUCCCUUUCACCCCAGAGGUCCGAGGGAACUUAGGGGUGGCUGCAGGGCCCAACAGAGAGGCUUUGAAGACAUUCCUUAUGUGUAGUGCCUUUGAGCUUCCCUUAAUGUUGUGACGGAUUAGAACACGAUCGACCCUGCGCUCUCCUUUCUUGCAUUUCCCUGGCAGACAUUUGCCAGGCUCUGUGCUUUAACCUUAUGCUGACACUUGGCUUUAGGCAUCCCUCUAGGUACCAAUAGCCUUUGACCCAACUACAGUGCUCUGUUUCAGUAGGGGACUUUCACCCAUUGCAUGAAAUUAAAAAAAAUGUUUAUGGUGCAUUCUACAAUUAAAACAGUUUGCAGAACCAUA